CAAAUAUAUACAUAUACACACCACUGGAUCACUUUUCUGUACUGAGCAAAAAUGUUGGCCGAGUUCCAGAAAAAAAGUCUAGCUCAUUGGUGCGCAGGUCAAACUUAUUUGGGUUAUUAAAUUGAGGUGCCGAUAUAAAUAACACCAUUUUGUUAGAGGAAAGAUCGCGAGUGAGCAUGUUUAUAAAACAAUUCAAUAAUUACGGAUGUAAUACAAUUUCGUCGACCAGUUGAUACACAAUGGUGCAUGGAUUAACUAUGACAAAUAUACCGUAUGCAUCGGAACUUUAUAUUGAUGGACCAAAAAUGACAGAUUUAUCAAGUCAAGCCGAUAAUCAAAAUUCUUAUCCCAUCAAACAUAGCGUCAUGGUACCAUUAGAAAAAUUGAUGAAAUUACAAACAGUGUGCUAUAAUUAUGACCAGUUCCAGAAAGCAAGAGAAGGAGCAGAAAAUGACGUAAUAUUAAAUGUGACGUCAGUGGAUGGGUCUUCAGACUCAUGCAGUAAUUCUACAAAAUCUGAAGCUGAUGAAAUUGAUGUAGAAAUGUUGGAGGAAAAUUUUUCUGAAUCUCAUGUUAAGGACAAAAAUUCUAUGUCACCUCAACAAAUAAUGGCCAAUCAACAUGACACUAACCGUGAAAGCAUAACGUCUCCGGUCAGUGAAGCUCCCGCACAGUCUCGUAAACAAUCUGUCUCUGGUAAAGGCAAAGGACGAUCUGUGAAAUCAGAAUCUAUAGAUGGACAUAUUUUGUGCAAAAUAUGCGGAGACAAGGCUUCAGGCUUUCACUAUGGAGUGUUUUCAUGCGAAGGGUGUAAGGGAUUUUUUAGACGAACAGUUCGACAAAAACUCGUGUAUAAGCCGUGUGAAAAUCCAAACGGCUGUUUAAUCAUGCGGAUCAGUAGAAACAGAUGCCAGUACUGUCGCAUGCAAAGAUGUAUAUCUGCGGGCAUGUCUCAUGAAGCGGUGAGAUUAGGAAGGUGUCCUAAAAAAGACAAGCCAAAGAAAAUGGAUUUUUUUAAACUACCUCAGAAUAAGCAUGGAAAAGUUGAUAUUGACAAACAGAUUCGAUCGGAACAGAUGGUUUUGACGAUACACGAUGCCUUCCGAACAGCUAUUAAAGAUUGUUUAGCAUCGACAAGAUCGACCUCGUUCAAACAUCUCAAAAUAACGUCUGAAAAUGAAGCAAGAAAAUUUUGUUCUCAGUAUGUGACGGACAUGGUGCGUUUCGUCUCAGUUUUUGCACGUGAAAUACCUCAAUUCACUCAAAUGGACAUAAGUGACCAAAAGACUCUCAUAAAACACUGCAUUCUGGAAUCCAUAAUCAUUCAUAGUGUUAGCCUUACUCCAUCAGACAUUGAAGGACCGGUCAGUUGUUGGGAAGAAGGUGACCCAGACUGUCAUGGUCCACUGACCAAACUGAUCUCUGAGGUCGUCUCGUGUGCACAGAAGUUACAUGCUUUAAGACUGACCGAGGUGGAACUUGCUAUACUGACAGCCAUGCUUCUGUUCUGUGCAGAUCGUGAAGACUUGAAGUGUUCGGAGAUCUUGGAGAAAAUGGAGAUAGAACUUUACCUGGCUCUCAAAUGCCAGUUCCUGUUAAACCAUACUGACAAAACCUCGAAUUUAUUUCCUAAAAUUGUGGAAAUUAUAUGCAGCAUUCGUGCUAUAAGCACUGUUUACAUGGAUGACAUCAUGAACUCUAAAGUUGAAGUUGAUGAUACGGUAUGCUGACGAAUAGCUAAGUAAUUCUGACACGUGUUUAUUCCGUCUGAAAGUUGUCUUUAUUUUCUUUUUAUUAAAAAAAAAACUAGUCCAUAAUUUAACCCGUAACAAGAGACGUAGAGCGGAAAUUUCCGCAUGUCAGAACUACAUUGUGUUAACCUCAUUACCAGCUUUAACUGGUGGGAUCAGGUCAAGUGUUCCAAUUUCUGUUACAUUAGUUUAUUUAAUAUGUUUACACAUUUGUCUUCUUGUAUAAGGUAUUUAAAAUACUGAAUUGAUAACGAUAUCAUAUAUGCUGUUCUUGAAAUGAUUACUGAUCUGCUUUUACGUGUGUUAAAGAUGUAUAUUUAUUGAUAAAUAAAAACAUAUCAUUUGUUACCAG